AUGGAAAAUUAUCCAUUUUACCAAUCAAUCGGCCGUCACCUGCAACAUAUGAUUGUUGUCGAGUCCCGAUCAUAUCGCGGACAAGUUAACAAUGAGGAGUUUUUGGCAGUUGCUGCUUAUUGGAGCGAAAUGAUUCAAAACAAUGACUAUCAUCGAGCUCUUGCCCGCCCCGACUUUAAUUUGUACAACAUAGACUUUAAGAUAUGGGAACACUUUUUCGCCAUGAACACCACAGACAAUUGGAUAUCAUUCCCAUGUGUCGAUCCUCGCGGACCACUGGACACACCCGACAUGAAUCCAUUCCCAGUCACUCACUAUAGUCCUCGGCCAGCCGAUCGUGCACCCAUUGCGCCAGCCCAACAAAAGACAGCCCCUGAUGUUGGCGCUUCUACUCAAACUCCAAUCUCAUUGGCUAGAGAACAACUUCCGGCAUAUCACCACGGCCUCUCCGCUAAUGAGAUGGAGCUAUUAGCACGAAGAGAGGUCAACGAACGUUUAAGACGAGGAGUCAAAGGCCGGUCUGCCAAGCAACCGCGAUUUCAGUAG